UUUCAGACUCCAGCCAUGCAGAACCUGAUGCAGCAGGUUUCUGCUAAUCCUGAUAUGUUUCAAAACAUGAUGCAGAGCCCAUACAUGCAAGAAAUGAUGCAACAGAUGCUGCAGAAUCCUGACUUAAUGGCUUCUGUAAGUCAUUUCUUUUAUUCAUGAAUCAUCAAGUCAAUAUUUUAUAGAAGAGUGGUCUUUUUCAUGGCACCUUCGCUUAAUAGAGCUUAUGAUGACAAAUUUCAACACACAAGUUGUGGGUCCUCUUUUGCAAAAGGCAUGUUUCACUUUUGGCUGUGAUAGCUGUUUACUGCACCUGAUACCGCAUUAUUGUGCAAAUUUGAUUAUCUGACUAAGGAACGUCUUAUGCUUAAAAAUAGCCAAUGUUAUCUCAAGGCUAAUACUUUCAGGGGGCUGUAGUAUUUAUUGUUGGGUUUCCGCAAGCACUUUAAAAAAUAACUUACAAUUCAUGAAGAGAAAGAAAAAGUAUUUAUCAGAAAAUUUACACGUUUAAACUGUAGAUUAUGAUAAUGGUGCGAUUCCCAAGUAACAUGUAGGCGAUGAAGACAGGUCCUUAAUCUUAUUCUUGUAAUAUUCUUUACAACAUUUCUUGCACCUUGACAGGCUUAGGUCAAGAAAUAGGUAUUGGAAUUAUAAGGUACCUUGUAUCAGAGCUAAGUUAGAAGUGUCAAAAUCAACAUGGGCGGCAGUUCUAAGCGGAAUUCCCACUUCAGCCAGGGGAAUGAACAACAAUGAUGCCAAAUCCUACGACCGAUCUGUAUAUCUCAAAGCAAAAUAUAAUAAUCAUUAGCACAUGUUUGUUUUUUUAUAACCUCAUCGCUUAUUUUCGUGUUCGUUUGAGCGAUCAAGAAAUGGGCUUGGCGAUAAAUUUCGAUGGCAGUAGUAUUUUACAAAGAAAUUGAAAGCAAUCUGGACUAUCAGCUUCAAUGUAAGAGUAAAAGUCGAUGUAAGAGAGCAUCUCUAUAAAUGAGUAUUGCAUCUCUCUUCACAUACGAGUGUUGUCAACUGUGUCGGCCAUGGUCUUCAGAUGCUUUAAGAUAACGUUUUAAGUUUACGUUUGUUACCAUCAAAACCUUACUUAAUUUCUGAAAUCUGUCUUCUACCUUAAAUGUUUUAGGUAAUACGGACUAAUCCAAUGUUUCAAGGGAAUAGUCAGCUUGCAGAUCAGGUGGGUAAUUGCCUGGAGGCAGUGCCAGCGGCGUUCUCCACUGUAUAAUUUACUUUUUUAUGCCAACCCUGAAUACAUGUAAGUGUUUUGGACUCUAUCAUAGCUGGAAAGGCAAAUACCCAGUAUCAUUAAUUUUCCAGGGAUGUCUACCAACAUACCACAAUUCCUACCUGGACUUAUCCUGGGCAUUUAGUGUAUAUAUGUUGUGGUUCAAUUUUAUCCUUGGUAUAAUUUUAUUUUCCUUUCUUUUAAAUUUUAAAGUAAUCAACAUACACCUAUUUGCAAUGAGGUUGUCAUAGAAAAAAGCAAAAAGCAAAAAGCGAAAGGCAAAAAGCCAAAUAGGAAUUAAUUAGCAUUUAAUUAUCAUUGCUUGCAACAUUCCCAACACACAUGCUUAUAGCUGAAUAUUAAUCACGUAACAUGAGAGAAAUCAUUUGCAUCAGUUUCUUGGUGUCAUUCUAAUGCAAUUCGAGGCUGAUUCAUCUAGCGGAUUUCAAAGGUGCUCUAAUUACAAACGUACAUCGGAUAACUACUAAAGAAAAAAUGGCUCCAUUUUUUUUCAAUAAAUAUAGCCUAGGGUAAAUUCCAGGAACGCGACGCGUCUUUUCGUUUAAUGCUAAAUAGAAAAGCCAGUCUGCGUAUGGUUUGUAGUGCACCACACCAUCAGAUCACAAUUUUCAAGCAACAAAUCAGGAACGUACGCAGGACUUUCCAUCGCGGAGAGGGUGAGGCGUUCCUCAGCCAGUCCCUCUCCCGCGCCACAAACUAAGCUUCGUUUGUCAGGACCCUUUUGUUACACACAUCAGUGUUUCAUCUGCGGAAUCUUACAGCGCGGAAUUACAGAAUUAUUUCUUGUUAUUGUGACUGACUUCUGAAAUAAUUGUUAUAUUAUUAAAAUACGCAAAUGUAAAUCACAUGGCUAAUUAAUUCCUAUUUGGCUUUUUGCUUUUUGCUUUUUGCUUUUUUCUAUGACAACGUUAUUGCAAUUAGGUGUAUAUUACCAUACCACAAAAACAAAGGAAAAUAAAAUUUAAACAGAGGAUAAAAUGUAACCACAAUGUAUACAUUGUUUUAUCAUCAAAAUUACCUUUUCUAUCACAUAAUAUGUACUGAAAGAGGUAUUAAAUUGUUGCCAGGGUAAACCGUAUAAUGGACCUGCUAUAUACAACUGUAUCCACUUUUUUUGGUCUCCCCUCACCUUAGCAAUAAAAUGUGUAUUAGAAUUGUAACCUUGACGCGAAAUUUUUAUAGACGCUGUUUCUUGUUAUGUUUAGCUGCAUUAGUACUAUACAGAGUGAGAGUCCUGUUACAGCCCCAUUCCUCGGAAAAAGCCUUCCUCAAAGUCAAAUUUAGGGGUACCCCAAGUUCACCCCUUCAGGGGUUCCCUACUACAUUCAUACCUUCACACAGGGACUGAUGAUCAAACAAACCAAAACCUCUGAUAUUCUACUUUCUCCUGUUCAUAUCAUUCUGGUUCUUUUUGUGGCAUUGCAAAUGAAGUCUGUCUUCUUACUGAGUGUAUUUUUUUGACCGGAUUAUGUGUUUUUGUGCACUUUUUGUAACAGUAUAUAUAUUUGAUGCCUGCCGAACGCUUUUCUAGUGAUGUUUUGCAAAUGUUUGACGAGUCUGAGAUGCCUGAACAGGCCAUGGAAGAACAGGUGCUCGCUAAUGAAUUUCAUUUCGCUCGAAAUGAUUUUGGAGAAUGGCUGAAUGUGCGUGGAAAAUGGAGCCUUCCCAAAAUGAAAACAAAGACAGUCUAAUUGCCGAAAAAAAGAAAACAAGUGCAUGGAUGCUGUGAAAAAAGAAAUGCAAGCGUUGGGCAUGUAUAAAGUUGAAUUUGCACUUUCAGCGCAAAUGACAAAAAGGACUGAAAAAGGUGAAAUAACGCGAACAAAACACUAUUUCAAAGACGACGAUGGAAGAGUGUGUCAUAAUGCGAGCAAAGAAAAAAUCAAGGAAGAAUUCAAGGAGGUCAUUAAGAAAGUAAAAAAAACAAAAUUGAAGCCCGGAUAGGAAAUGAGCCUGAUAUCCAUUUUGAAGAGAUCGAAACGGCUUAUGUGAAUGUAGCUAGAUUGGAACUGCUUGUUGCCAGAACAUACAUACCCCUCCCCAAAAAGCUUCAAGACAAAAAAGUGAUCAUCAAUGGGCAAAACAGAAGAGACAAUGGUCACUUUGAGCAGCAUUGUUUCCCACGCCAAAAGGAAAAAAUCCACCUGGGAACGACCAGUUACCCAGUAGACGAUGAAAUUAACUACGCAAGAAUUAGUUUCCCAACGCCAAUAUAAGAUAUAGACCAGCUCGAAAGGCAAAAAUGCAGAAUUCAGAAAGCACGCAACAAACUAUUUUCAAAAAAACUUCUACAAGCUCAUGAACAAUGCGGUGUUUGGUGAAACAAUGGAGAACAUGCAGAAACGCAUAGACAGAAAAAUAAUUCGUAGUGAUGAAAGGGGAAAGAUUGCAAAUUGAUUACAAGCUCUUUGUUUACGGGGUGCACGCAAUUCACAAACAACCUUGUAGGUGUCAGCAUCCGCAGAGAUAGGGUGAAGCUGGACAAGCCUGUGUAGGUGGGGAUGUCAAUCCUCAAAAAUAGCAAAAUCCUGAUGUAUGAUUUUAUUACAACACGCUCAAAACCCGGUACUGCGAAAAGUGGGAACUCGUCUACACCAAUAUGGACAAUCUUUUGCUGGAGAUUCAAACUGACGAUGUUUACGAGGAUGUGGAAGACAGCAAACAUUUCUAUGACACAAGCGGUUUUCCCAAAGAUCAUCCACUUCACAGCGCAACAAACAAAAAGGUUUUGGGCAAGAUGAAAGACGAGAUGAACGGAACGCCAACUGCUGAGUGUGUUUGCCUUGGGCCAAAAAUUUACUCAAUCCAGGCAGAGAAGCAAAACAUCAAAAAGUCGAAAGGCGCGAAAAAGAAUGUUGUGAAAAAAGAGAUAAGGCAUGUGCAUUACAAAGAGAUGCUUUUCAGCAAAAAACCACAAACUGAACAUGCUUCACAUCGAAGGGCAUGAGAUUUAUGGGGUGCGGGUGAACAAAAUCUCUCUGAUUUACAAAAUCUCUCUUUGAUUCAAAGCGAUAUAUCGCAGAAAACCGAAUAGACACACGUGCGUAUGGACACUGAUUGACAGAAGAGCUUAAUACUUACAUUAGUGAGUUGCUGGAGGUUAUUCUGAGUAAGGAGGCACAAAGCCUCGCUUGGGCCCAUUUUGUAAAUAGUAGAGAACAGGCUCUUUGGGAGUGCUGAUAGAUCCUUUAAUGUUGUGGACCUUUAAAGACCAGGCAGGGUCUGUGGCUCUUUCACCCCACCCCUCUGCCUUUCAGCUCACCUGGUUUAGAGAGAUAUCUUACAUUGACAAGGGUGGGGAGUUUUUUUUCAUUUGCCCCAACAGGUCUGUGAUAAGGAGUGGAGGGUUUUGCAGCAAUGGUUUCUUCUUUGAUGGCCUUGGUGGGUCUUUUGCCAAUGAGACGCGUGACUUCAUCAUUCAGAGCAGAGACUACUUCCACAAGCCUUUUUACCCAAACUGUGGACCGUUGGCCUUCAGGAAGCCACAUUUCAAUGGCAUAUUGGUGGCCAAACAGGCGCCCUGCAAGGGUGCGGUUAAACCUUUCAAUGAUCGCCUAAUCACAGGGGAGCUCAGGGCACCCAUUUGGAAUGUUUGGUUUUGUUUUUCCAUUUCUUUAGUGGCAGUGCCCAUGAAUUCUCGGCCGGGGUCAACCUGAAGCCACUGUGGUCAUUUCAAAGGGACGCAUUAAUAAUUUUUUUGAAAACUGCUUGUAACUUCAGUAGAGUCUUUCAAGGUCAAUGGUUCAGCUUCUUUGAAAUGGCUGGCGAUAUCGACCACUGUCAAAGCACAUUUGUAAGUCUUCCAGCCCUGACCAUACCCUUGAAUGUCAUGUGAUAAAAAAAGGUCUGCUUGAUGAACUGCAUUUGUCAUGGGUACAUCGAAUUUGGGGCCAGGAAUGCGCUUUGGGGCGGGAAGAUGAAUUUGCCAGGGUUUGCUUUAUUACCCACUUUUUGGCAGCAUCAUCAGAGACUUGCUGCAGCGGCGAGCUUUUUGAUUGCGGCAAGGCCUUUCCAGUAUCCUUGAGGGCUGUAGUAGACUUUCAAAGGCUUGAAAAUAUAAUGAAGAUUAAGAUUUGAAAAAAUCAUGAAAGUGGACACCCCCUGGGACACGUCUUCCCCUGAAAUGCAAGAAAAAAUUUUGUUUUGGAAAUAGUUGCAGAGACAAGAGAAGAAAUGAAAGAAGUUAUGAAUGAGUUGCUCAUUUUCUUUGAUAAAAAAAUUGUGCAAAGGCUCAAAUGUAUGAAUGAUGAGUUUUGGUUACAAGAGAUGUUAUAGAAAAUGAAAAGCGGCGUAUCCAAGCGGAAGAGCACUUGUGCCAAAAAAAAUUAAAACGCCCCUGUUUUUGCAGAGGGAAUUGGUGGAAGUCAGAGAACUUUGGUUCCUUGGGCAUUAUAAUUUGCGCAUGUUGGUGGGCCUGGUUGUUCAGUUUAAAAACGUAGCCGGUGUUUCUGAAAUUCUGCUUGGCCUGCUCUUUGAUUUCGUGCCGGGUUUCGAUCCAGUCAAGCAGCUUAGUUCGUUCUUUUUCAUAUAUGGUGUAACUGGCUUUGUAACCCUCGAGAGAUUCGUCAUGUCUUCAUUUUCCUUCAAAGGGAGCCUUUGAGGAAUCCCCGGAGAGAAAACGAGCAAGAUAAUUGCUGCCAAUGAAAGCAACAGCAUUAAGAAUAGCACCACCAGCCAUAAUAGCAACACUUGCCAUACUAUAUAUACACAAACCUUUCAAAAUUAAGCGUUUUGUGGGAGUAUUUUUUGAUCCUUGAGGUACUGCUUCAGAGCCGUGUUUACCACCAUCAAGACGGUGAACUUAACGUAGUUCAUUGCAUUGUUGCCACCAGCCAUAAUAGCAACACUUGCCAUACUAUAUAUACACAAACCUUUCAAAAUUAAGCGUUUUGUGGGAGUGUUUUUUGAUUCUUUAGGUACUGCUUCAGAGCCUUGUUUACCACCAUCAAGACGGUGAACUUAACGUAGUUCAUUGCAUUGUUGCUGGGGUUAGAGGAGAAGUUUUCUUUAACAGCUUUUUUCUCCAUGUCUGCAGCCAGGCAGGUAAGGGUUGUUGCAUCGAGAACAGUUUUAACAAGCUUCUUGUCGGGCAUCCUUAUCUAUUAAGUCAAAAAAUUUCAAUCUAUCUCUCGAAUGUGGACUCUUUUGGGAAUCCUGGCGAGAGGGCCUGGAAAGUCUGCCUAGGGUUUCAGUGAUUCAUUUUUUUCUCGCAAAGAUGACAUGAUGGCUUCAUGACGGUAACAGAUGCCCAAAGCAGAGACAAUUAAACCACCAGCGCCAAGAAUGAGGUAAAUGUUGUUGCUGUUGUUUUGUUUUGUGGCAUUUGGAGAAUCAGCUGGUGAUGCUGCUGAUUUCAAGCGGGAGCUCGAUUUUUUUGCUUCCCGAGCACGUGUUCUGCUAAGUUGUUUCCAAUUGCAAUUUGGCCAGGAUCUUUUGCUGGCUUUGCUUCAUUUACUUCAGUGGUGACAGCAGGUUGAGCAGGGGCGUGCUUUUCUUCAGUGGUGGUGUUUGCUUCCAUGCUUAUAUAAAAAGUAAAAGAUCUUGGAGAAGUUGUAAGGUUCUUAUUCGUGUUUUUCAACAGGUUCUUUGUCAGGUUCUUUAUGAAAAUAAAUGUGCUUUGCUAAUAAGAGCAACAUUGGCAAUUGCAUGCUGGUAGCUGCAGUGCAGUGCAGUGCAAUAUUUCCAGCCACAGAUGACAAUUUCGAGUUAAUUGCGAAAUCUUGUUACUUCUGCGGAGCGCGAAGUAAAGCAUUCGUGAUGCUCAGGAAUGUCCCAAAAAUGCUUUUUUUGGGACAAGAUUGGGCACGCAAAAUCUGUAGGUUUUCGGUUUUAUUCGGAUCUUUGACGAAGUGAGAGCCGAAUUUGUUAGAGACAUCUCGAGAUCACUUCGAUUUCUUUGGUUGCCAACGAGGCAACCGAGCUAAGAAGCGAGGUGCCUCGGCGGCAGAUUCAUAAUCCCAUGCAAUGUCGGCAAAAACUCUCAAAUUCUGCGUAACCCUCUAAAAUUUGCCUUUUUGGCUAUAUUUGGGCGUAGGUAAGACCCCAUAUUUGGGUAGUAACGUCAUGAUCUUGUAUUUACAACUCGUGGUUCGAAAUUAGGUGAUCCCCUGUGCAGCUGUUCGUUUUCUUUUCAAGAGGCCCUAGCAGGUAAGCGAGCUUUAAUACGAUUUCUUGUUUGAAAGGGCUAUAAGUGCUCUGGUUUGCUUUAUAAAUUGCGUUUAAAGCAGCAGCUAUCAAGGAAUAGGCUUUUACGCUCCAAUUUUUGUCAAAACCAGCUUGUUCUUCGAAGCUCGAUUUACACUGAAGUACGUGUUCGCUUCUCGACUCAGAAUCAUGGUUUUCAGUGUUAUUCUUUCCUUUGUAAAUUGACUUCUUUGCAAUAGUUAGUCAAGGAAUAGGGUUGUAUUCUCAAUACGUUUAUCAGAACCAGCGUGUUCGUCGCAGUUCGAUUUACUUUGAGCCGGUCCUCACCUCCCGUGAGGAAUGCAACGCAUUUGAGGACCUUUUGUUUUUUAGAAGUUUUGUCUGCCUUUGGAGAGAUUUUUGUCAACCAGCGUGUCUUUUUGCAGCCCUAAACUACCAUGAUUUGCUUACCUUUUGUUUUAAUGACCAUCAUUAUGAAUCAUUUUUCCUUUCGAGAGACUCUUUGUCCUGUGCCACUCACUCAUUAGAUCUUUGUAUUUUAUUCAAAUUUAUAUUUUAUACCUCUGGAUACGUUCCGCCCCAUUAGUGCGCUUUUCACACAUUUUGCUUACAUUAAUUUUUUCUCAUGUAUAUCACCAUGCGGAAUAUUUUUCUUAUCCCCGAUGACGCAGUAACAAAUAAAAUUUUAAUUUUAGCAGUCAAAGGCCUCACUUGAACUAUAUUUACUUUCUGUCGUUUAUAGUUUUGAAUUUCCAUAGAAUAUAAGUGCUAACUUGCACCAAUCUACCAACAGAGACAUCAAAGCUUCAAGCGAUUUUGUCGUUUUUUAAUAGAAGUAAAAGCCUAGAAUGUACCAAGGUUUUUUCUAAAAUUGAUUGCCAUCCUUUUCUAUAGCGAUAUCCAUUGUAAACCUCUAAAAUUAUGUAACAAAUCGCGAAGAUCUGGAUAGGCACAGUGCACAAAAGAGAAACGUACGAAUUCGCCUCGUUGGCACUUGCUGGAAGGUACCCGUAGUUUAUUCUUUAACUUAUUCGAGGAACAAAGAAUUAUACUGGCUUUCCCGGGGUUUGAACUGACUCACCAGUGUUACCCGUCAGAUCAGAGGAAACUCUAAGUUGAGGAAUUAGCUGCGACUGCGCCACUGCGACCCAAGGUAGUUUGGGAAAUGAAAAAUAGCUAUGAAAUUAUGCACCAGUUUCGCCUGCCCGUACAAAAUGUUUUUUUUAGUAACCCACCCCCCAGUCUUUCUGAUCGUGCCACAAUAUCGUCUCCUUUCUAAGAAGCGCUUACCAUUUGCCAGAACUUGCCGACAAGAUUGGGCGCGCAAGUUCGUGACUUUUCGGUUUAUUUCGACUAUUUCACAAAAUGAGACCGGAAUUGCUUCGAGAUAUCUUGAAAUUUCUCUUCAAGUGUUGAAAAACAUUUCACGAGUGAGCGCUCCUUUCGAACUGUUUUGUGAUGAAUUUAAAGUUACAAAAUGUUGCACUUUGUCCUUGUUGAGUGUUACGUAGUAAAAUCAUGCGUUGCGUGACUUUCUCCAACGCUCUCUGCGUUUCUCUGAACAGUUAAUUAGGGUAUUUUACAUUUCAGCAUGAGUCAGCAGAUUUGCGUCAGUCAUUGAAAUCAUGAAAUAUGUUGAUAAACUACUACUAUUCGCCUGUUUAGUAUUUUCUAGAACCUUAUGUGAAACGGUAUACAAGUUCCAAGCGAGUUGUUUUGACGAAUUAAGUUUUUCCCACAAGCUGGAGUGCUGUGUUUAGUCAAGUGUGACGAAGGUCGAUGUUCAAGUUCUGUGUUAACAAGUUGAAGAGGAAAAUGUAAUAUUUGGCUCAAAUUUGCAAGCACUUUUUGGGUUAAUUAACCCAAAAUUAGGGAAAAGAACAUACAUAGAACGCUUGAUUGCGCCAACUAGGUAUUUCAUUCACCGUGAUUUAAUGUCAAAAACAGAAAAUCUUCAAAUCUUUUGGCUAAGUUCUCAAUCCAAGGUAACCCAUACAAAAUGUUUAAUCCCCAUUGCCUUUGGGGAUACACAUUUGCAUAGUUAAACUCUUUUUGUGAAAGAUGAGAAUGGCUCCCCAGUGGAAUUUGAGUUGGAAGUAAAUUGAAAUUCUUACAUAUAGAAUGUCCUCUUCGAACGUUGUUGCAAGUGCCCCACUAGAAAAGCUGUAUCCGGAAGUGCCUGUUGACACUUUUCACCUGACUCGAAUAACUGAAAUUGAGAAACAAGUUUUCGACGGAUCUCUACACUACAGGGCAGUUGCUAAAAAGCAUAAGAAGGCACUAAUGGCCUUGCACUAUACCACCAUUGGUCUGGGUUUUCUCUGCCAUUCUUUCUGUCUCUGGGCCCUGAAAUAGCUGUAGGCGCUCCCCUCGGCAGGUUGGCCGCUAUCUCAGGUGCUGGUUCCUCAGUGCUUACUGGUCUUGGCAAAAAACACAGUUGGAAUUUAUAUGAAAAUUUACGACAUAGCUUUUUGGUGAGUAUUUCUCAGUAUGUAUAUAAUAAAAUAAAGUCAAUAAUAAAAUAUAUAAUAAAAUAAAGUCAACGCCGGACAACUGAAGCGGAAACAACGUUGAAUUUAAAGUCCCUGAAGUACGUUUUUGUCUUCAAUCAAUUGCACCGCUCAUUCUGGUUUCUAUGUGAGAAUUCAGGCUCAUUUAAACUAAUAGUGUUCCACAAGACUGCACCUCUAUAGGCAAGGGAAUCUUUCAUAUAUCGAGUAUUUUUUUAAACUGCGAAUCGUCUCGCCUUAAGGAGUACCCGUUGGAGCGUUUAGAGUAAAUAUUCUUGGAUAGUAAUUCUGGCAGGGUCUCAUUGUGCGCUUUAUGGAAAAGCUUUAAAAUAUCCAUCGCGUAGGGUAAAUACAAAGUAGGCCAGUGGUCACGUUCCAGCACGUCACAUGACGCCAUGUCCUUGGGGAAGUUAAAAAUAUUUCUAGCUGCUCUACAGUGUUAUCGUUCGAUAGAACAGAACAAAUCUGAAUUACUGCAUGCACCCCACAAUAUUAGGCCGUACUGUACAGGCGGUAAAAUUGCUUUAAAAUAAAGAUCGUGUAAAACCUUUGUUGGUAAGAGCGUGCAUCGUUUCAGUAAGUCUAAUUUGAUUGCAAAGUUCUUCUUGAUUUCCCGGACAUGCGGUAUCUGCGUAAGCCAUUCAUCGAACGUCAAGCGUAGUAAGCGUGUUUUCGAAACCCAUCUAAGAUUAGAGCCUCCCAGGAGCGCCGGAGCAAUAGGGCCGAUUAGAUUUCUCGUGCUGAGCAGCAUUACUUCACUCUUACCGAGAUGGGGUGUCAGCUGGUUGUUUUGCCACCAAGUAUAAACUUCAUGUAAAGCCUUGUUCAACUGUGCGAUUGCCAGGUCUGUUUUGUCAUCGGCGAACAUAUAUAGCGACCCUGAUUGGACCAUCGAUGCAAGUCGUUUGUAAAUAUGUUAAACAAAGUUGGACCCAAUAUGGAACCCUGAAGUAUGCUUAUAGUCACCAGCAGCAGAUCUGACCUAACCCCAUUUAAUACUGUGAACUGUUGGCUUCCAUUUAGAUAGUUACUUAACCAGUCCAGUAGCGAUUUUGUGAUGCCAGUCUUUUCUCAGCUUCUUCAAUAGAGUAGCGUGGGAUACACUAUCGAAAGCCUUUUUAAAGGCGAUAAAUGCUGCUGCCACAACCUUUCCAGAGUCCAGAGUUCUUCUCCACGUCUCCGUUAAGUGCGUUAGUAAGUAUUCCGUUGAGUAGCCACUACGGUACGCCCAGUGUCUGUUUGAGCCCAGGUUGUUAUCCUUGUAAAUAUGCCUUACUAGAAUAUCGUUGAUCUCUGUUUCCAAGAUAUUGCUCGGGAUAGUAAGUAAGGAGACCGGUCGAUAAUUUCUGCAUUCUGUUUCGUCCUCUGUUUUAAAUAUGGGCGCAAGCCUUGCCGUCUUCCAAACAGAAAACACUCUUAUUUUCGCUGCUGAACUGAUAGAGUCACAUCAGAGGUUGAACUAUGGCGCUACCUGCAAGUUUUAAGAGUUUGAGAGUAAUGUUGUCAGGGCCUGUGGACUUAUUGGUUUUCAGGGCAUUGACUUUUGUAUGUAUUGAGCGUUGCGAGAUCACAUGCUCCGAAGAGUGGAGUUUUGAUACCCAUAUUUGUUGUAUUUACUAUUUGGGCUGAUUGUGGAACAUUAUCGAUGGACGGAAGUGCAGCUGCCAGCUUUUCGCCGAUCGUGGAAAAAAUAUGAAUUCAUCAGAUUAGAUUUCUCCAGGUCGGUCAAGGCGAGAGUACCGUUGUCUCUUUGGAGGGGACCAAUGCCCUGAUGCGUUAACGGUUUUAUUGCUUUGUUAAGCAAAUUCCAAUAUGCGCAAGUUUUCUUGAACUCUGUAAAUAUUCAAGAGAAGUAUGUGGCCUUGGAUUUUCUCAGAUCUGAGGUGACCUCAUUUGUAGCUCUCUUAUACUCUUGCCACAAUUUGGGGCUUUUGGAUGAAAUGGCCUGUUUGAGUAACUUAUACCUUCGAUUCCUCUAAAUUUGACUGCGUGGAAGGCUUUUUGGGGCUGUAACAGGACUCUCAAUUUAUAUACUACUGCGUUCUUUGUUAAAGUGUUGGAAUUAAAUUGGAAUUAAACAGCACUUGAUAUUUUACCUUAUUUAGGUUGCCUCAAGGCUUCCAGAAUUUAUGUCACAGGUAACGAAAAAAUAAAAUAGUUAGCCUCCAAAGGUUCUGUUUUCAAACAUCCAUACUAGAAAAUAGAAAAGCUGAUGUUGAGGAAAGUCAGUGACAUCUUUGCUGUUUUUCCGGCGCUUUUCUCUUUGCACUGUUCCCACUAUCUUAACUCCCGCAACAGGCCAGGUUGAAUCAGAGCGUGCUACGUCACUUGAACGAGGGACACCCCUGAAGGUAUUCCGCAAUCUCAAAACAGAUAUUUGGCCCUGGAAAUUGUUAUUUGCUUGUGGAAUCUUCUUCUUUUGUUUUGUCUUGUUGUUAUUUUUAAUGAAAAUGAGUUUUUAAUUGAACAUGUAAUGAUAUUACUAAAUGUAUUUUUAUCGGUGAUCAGAUGCAGAACCCUGAAUUCCAGCAAUCAUUGGCUAAUCCUCGUGUGAUGCAAGCCUUGAUGCAGAUUCAGCAAGGAAUGAUGCAGCUGCAAAACGAAGCACCAGGACUUUUACCCCCUGGAUCAGGCCCAAUGAAGUUAGUUUGUCAUUUGCUGGGUUAGGUUAGGUUUUCUUGCACUCCCUUGAUGCUUUACAGCCCAACGCCCACCCCUGGUUUUUUGAAAGACAGUGCUUGAUCGCGACGGUCUUACAAGAUAGUAGGGAACUGAAAACAGUCUAUUUGGUUCCAAAUGUAGGAUUUUCAGUUAGCAGUGCACGUCUAGAUCGCACAAAAUUCGACUGAUUUCGAAGGUUUUUUUACCGUUGGUACAUGAUGAUAACAUCAAUUUGUAUUUGAUGUAAUAUUUGUUAACUUUUAAUGUAAAACCAGUAACUGGUUAAACCUUCAUUGCAGUGUGACAAGGAAAAAGGUCAAAGAACCUUAUUUUAAUCAGAAAUGCCGGAGAAAUAAUAACUGUAAACCGUGACGGAUUCACAUUAUUGAGUUCCUCUGUCCCUCUGCUGUGGGUCUCGAUAAACAUCCAAGAUGGGAAAGAGCGCCAUAUUUAAGGCUAACGUUCUUUUUGUUACAAAUUUUGAGCGCAGAAGUAUUGCGCUCAAGCGGCGAGAAACGAGAAAUGUUUGAACAAUUGAAUUUAAUAAACUGUAAAUAUUUUACAGUCCUUUCAUGACUUGCAUUACCAAGAUUAUCUUACGUUUGAAAGUUUCUCGAUCAUAGAAGCCUCUUAGAUAUUCUUUCAUUCGUAUGGAUUUUAUUUUAGUUUCAUGGGAAUUCCUUCAACUUCCACAACGACAACUGGCCCAGCAUCUUCUACAGGCAACACCACAUCCACACCGUCAUCAGGUACAGGCUGGUUUACACAUUUAAUGAGUAGGUCCUGAACCCACUGGCUGCCGUGUCAAUAUAUUCGAGUUGGUGGUAUAAUCCGUGUAGCUUGCGGCAUUACUUUGUACAUCUGUUAGGGGGAAGGGGGCGGGUGGGGACGUUGACCCUUAAUUGUAUCACCUAACCACCUUAAUUUGUCAUGAAAUAUAAUAUAGUGUAAUUUGCCUCGUUACCUUCCUUUUGUGGCACUGUUGCUCGGUAAUAACUACAUGCAUUAGUGUUUUCUGUCUAUUUCUUUCUACAGGCACACCAGCUGGCACACAAAGGACGUCGCAGAAUGGUACUCCUUCAGGUUCCCCGGGGAAUGUACAAGGGAAUUCUCAAGAAAACCAAAUGGCACAACUGAUGUCUCAAAUGAUGCAAGCUAUGACUCAGGUUUGGUUUCACUUAUUAUAUGCCUUCGGGUCUUGACCUUCUUGAUGUUAUUUGAAGUUCAAUGGUUCAACACCUAGGGAAUAGGUGAUAGGUAUUGUUCUCUCUUUGUAACAUACUUUUACCAACCCAUGUGGGAAUAUUUCCUCUAACUGAUCUCUUAAUCAGAUUCUAAAAGGAUUAAUAGGUUGUCAUCAUGAAAGUUGUAUAGAAGCCAAUUACUUUCAGAACCUUAAAACGUUGUAUUACAGAAGCGUAUUAUUUACGUGUCAGAACUCCAGGUAUCUUGGCUGUCAGUGCUGGGUUUCUUAGCAUAAUGUCUUUUGGUUGUUUGCAUUCAGCCACAGAACCCUGAAGUGAGAUACCGAACUCAACUAGAACAACUGGCUCAGAUGGGGUUUGUAGAUCGCACACGCAAUAUACAAGGUAAGGCCUAGAAAUUCAGCAUUUGUCACGUUUUGUCUCUGGAAUGUAAUUCGAGGAAUGUAUUGAGCUUAACAGUCUAUCAAUUGUUUUGUAUUUCUCUUUUCAGCCCUGGUUGCAACUGGUGGUGACUUAAAUGCUGCCAUUGAACGGCUUUUACAGUGA